AUGAAAGGACGACAUGCAAUGGUUGUACGGUGGUAUUUGGUACGUCGAAUGCUUGCAUUUUUUUGGAUAUGCAUAUUUGUUAUUGGUUUUACUGUUUAUAUCUUGGAUAAAUACAACAGUUCUGUAACUGGAGAUGCUAUGCGUUUAAGUUUCGAAGAUCGAAUAUUCAGAUUACAAGAAGAUUUGCAGAGAAUCCAGGCAUUGCUAAACAAUAGCAAACGAGAAUGUCACUCAAAGAAUUCUGUCCCUAAACUUCCAGCUGAUAACUCCGAGGUAUAGUA